CACAAGACGCUGAUUGUUUCAGUAAUAUUCCAUUGUAUUACACAUUUUAUACUAUAAUUGUGCUCAAAAUGUCGAAACUACCACUUUUGAACGUGUAUGUUACUGAGCGAUUAACAUCGGUUGCUGCAGAGAUAUCCGAGGUGUUCGAGAGAACAGUGGUAGAGUUACAUGAAGAAAUCUCGCGUUCGAAGAGGGAGAAUGACCGUCUCCGUAGACUGUUGGAUAUGGUUUACAAACCCGACAUAAAGUUACAAAGAGCAGACCUCCAACUCCAUCUCCCCAAAUCAAAACAGCAGGUUCACCCUGAACAGCAGCAUUGUGUGCAGGAGUGGAGCCCUAAUCUGGGUCCAGAGGACCCCUACCCCACACCGAUUAAAGAGGAACCCAGUCAGGACGAAGAGCAGCUUCAAGUCCUUGGGGAGCCUGAUAUCAUAAAGUUUAUAUUCAGUCCUGCCUGUGAUCAGGAGAACCCAUCUCAUCCUUCACAUAGGAACAGACCCCAAACGUUGGAGGGCCAAGAGAGGGACUCUCUUCCCACCAAAACAAAUGAAGAGAUUAAAAGAGAACCUGAUGGAGAAGGUUAUGGAGUAUCAGAGCCAACCAUUCACAUUCUGCCCCCCUCUGAAGUAAAUCCAGACUGUUCUGCGGCUUUGAGUGAAAACAGGGCAAGUCAGGCAGUGGUACAGAUUGGAGGACUAACUUUAGGGCCAAACAAAGGAGGAAGCACCCAUGCCUGUAUGGGAGGAAGGAAAGACUCACUGUUGCCUCAUUCACCAUCACCAGCUCAUAGUCUUGCAACAUCUUACGGGUGCCUGGUGUGUAGGGAGACGUUUGCGUCCAAGGGCUUUUUAAUUUUUCAUGUGCGAAAAACACACACAGAAAAUGAAGCCUGCAUGUGCGGUGUGUGUGGAAGAAAGUUAGAUUCCAAAGAAAAUAUGAUGGGACACCUCCAAACGCACAUUAAAGAAAACAUUUCUUGUCAUGUCUGUGGAAAAUGUUUCUCUAAGAAUAGUGACAUAAAAAUACAUAUGAGGAGUCACACUGGAGAGAAACCCUACCGGUGCAGUCAAUGUAGGAAAUGCUACACACAGAAGGUAUACCUCAAAUGUCAUAUGAGAACUCAUACAGGGGAAAAACCAUUCAGGUGUCAAGAAUGUGGCAAACACUUUUCACAGAAGAACACCCUGACCAAUCACAUGAUGAUCCACAGAGGAGAGAAACCAUAUGAGUGCAAAAUAUGUGGAAAAUGCUUUAUUGAAAGUGGAACCUUGAAAAGGCAUAUGCGAGUUCACACAGGGGAGAAGCCUCAUCAGUGCCAAGAAUGUGGGAAAGGCUUUUCUGAGCGUGGGAACCUUUCUAAGCAUAUGAAGACCCACAAGAGCGAGAAACCUUAUUGUUGCAGCUAUUGUGGCAGAUGCUUUAGUGAUGAUCGAAAUUGUAAAAGACACAUGAAGACUGUUCACAAGAGUGUGAACACAUGACAAUGGAGUAAAUCUUGCAGUACGAGUAAAGCGUGUUUGAUCCCUUGAUCUACAUGACAGAUUAACAUGUAUGGUCUAUUUUUUUUAAACACAGCACGUGGAAAACUAUCAAGAAAUUGUUAAUUUGUUUUAACUUUAACACAAAUGUAAAAUUCUGAUGUUUUUUGUUCUUAAAAAAAUGUACACAUCAGUUUGACUAUAGUUUGGAGUUGUUGAUUAAAUAGUUUUGUGUCCUUGGACAUUGUGGCUUUUAAUUCCAAUACUUAUGUCACAGCCUCAGAUGACUAAUUGCCUGAUGCUUCCUGUGUUUCUCAUAUGGUUUUAUGGUUCAGGUAGGCCAGGUAGGCAGCCCCGAAGUGGACUAAAGAGAAUUGAUAUGUACCAGCAACAUAUUGUAUUAUGUGAGGGGAUGGCCAGAACCGAUUGCUAUGUUUUUUUGUUGAACCAUGCAUUAUUAAAUGUUUUUAUUUGUGCUUUUUGGUUUGGUCUCCACUUCUUUCUGCCUGCUUAACCCAGAUCCUAAAAAACUGGUCACCUUUUCCACCUUUUAAAAUAGUAUUUAGAAAUAGAAAAACAUUAGAUUUCUUCUGUGUAAUAGUGCACAUUAGGGACUGUGGCCAGACGAUCGCACCCAAGGUCAAGA